AUGGACCUGCCAGAAAUCUUAUUGUUUGCUAGUGAAUUUGAUGUGUUGAGUGAUGACCAGAAUGUGAUUGAUGGUGGAGAGCUAAGUGACUCUAGCAAAGAUUUGGAAGAAGGAUUAGUAGAUGUCUCUCUUGUAGAAGAUAAUUCAGAGGAAGAUGAGGAAACCACAGAAGCUAGGGGUAAAGUUAGGAGAUAUGUGCAGAUGGAGAAGACAUUAGCAAGGGGAAUGAUGACCAAGGUGAUGCUGAAGAAGGAAAUUUGGGACAACCAAGAAAGGGUUUUGCUUUUCAGGUAUGUGAAGAAUGAUGGGACAAGGGUUAGGGCAAAAUGUCUUUGCAAAAAGGAUGCAAAUGGGUGGUUUUUGUUCAUGGUGCGAUUGGGACAGAAGAUGUAUGUAGUGAAGAAGUAUAUUGCAGAACAUUCAUGCCUAGUAGGGACUUUUAAAAAUAGGAGGGCAACAGGAAAAGUUAUUGCAAACAAAUUCUUUGAUGUCAUAAAUGGCAUGCCGUUUAUAAAACCUAGGCACUUGAAGGCCAUGGUGAGAAAAGAGUUGGGCGUGUUCAUCUCUGAUAAGGUCUGUAGAAAUGCAAAGGCAAUUGUUCUGCGGAAAUUGGAGAAGCAAUUCAAGGAGGACUUUUUGGUGUUAAAUAGUUAUGUUCUGGAAUUAAAAGAAGCCAAUCCUGAGAGUACUGUAACUGUUGUAUCCAAAAGACAAGAAGGAUUACAAUAUCCUAUUUCCCAGAGGAUUUAUAUUUGCCUAACACCAAUUAGAGAAGGUUUUAUGGCUGGUUGUAGAAAUAUCAUAGGCAUAGAUUGGUGUUUUUUAAAAGGAUUGGUGAAGGGGAUGCUACUAGUGGCAGUGGGGAGAGAUGGCAACAACCAGAUGUUCCCAGUGGCAUGGGUUGUUGUUGAGAAGGAGACAACUGAGAGUUGGGUCUGGUUUAUUCAGCAUCUAAGUUCUGAUCUACGACUUGGGGAUGGCCUUGGCUGGUCACUCAUUAGUGAUAUGCAAAAGAGAAUCAUCCAUACUGUGAGGGAUCUAUUGCCAUUAAUCAAACAUAGAAUGUGUGCGAGGCACGUAUAUGCAAGAUGGGGCAAAAGACAUGCCGGUAAAGAAAUCCAAUUGCAAUUUUGGAACACUUCUAGGUCAACAAACAAGGUUGACAUGCUCAUGCACUUAGAUAGGAUGAGAGGCCUGAAGGAGGGGACAAGUGCUGUAGAGGAUUUAUUGGAGAAUUGGCCCAUUGAAGGCUGGUGUUGUGCAUUCUUUAAUGAUGUGGUCAAAUGUGAAGUCAUCGACAACAAUAUGUGCGAGACUUUCAAUGGAGUUAUACUUGAAGCUAGGCACAAGGCAAUUAUCACAAUGUUGGAGGACAUUAGACAGUAUUGCAUGACAAGAAUAGUUGUCAAAAGAGAAAACACUGCCAAAUGGAAAAGUAGUUGUGGCCCUAGGAUUUGUGCAAGGAUUGAAAAAGAAAGGGCAAAAAGUGGAAAAUGGCAGGUAGAGUGGAGUGGAGGGGCAAAGCAUGAGGUAUUCUGGGAUAAUUUGUUCUUUCAUGCUAGGGAAGGUUAUGUUGUGUUAUUGGAAAACCAUAGUUGUUCUUGCGGGAAGUGGGACAAGACAGGAAUUCCUUGUCAGCAUGCCCUCGCAGCACUUGCUUUUCAAGGCUUAGAUCCAUUGGAAUAUAUUGCUCAUUGGUUCAAGAAGGAGACAUACCUCAAGGCUUAUCAAUUCCCAGUCAAUCCACUUAGAGGAAGAGCCUUUUGGGCGACAAGUGAGGAAGGUCCAUUGCUUCCACCCAUCGUGAAGAAAAUGCCCAGAAGGCCUGCUACAAAGAGGAGAAGAGAACCAAUGGAACCAAGAAAUAAAAGCAAAACUAAUAUUUCAAGAGAAGGGAGGGUCAUGACAUGCAGCAUUUGCCAUACAAAAGGGCACAAUAAGGCCCGUUGUGCACAAAGAACAAAUGUUAAUCAUAGUGGAGGAAUUAUUGUUGGGAGAGAAGUAAGAUAUGGCUCUGCAUUCAUUACUGCCUCUGAAUUGUUGGGACCUAAUGUGAGGAAUCUGGAGUGCAGGGAUCAAAAGGGAAGAAAGAGAAAAGUACAGGGACUAAUUCAGUGA